AUUCUUACACGACAAUAAAUGUUUUACUUUUGCUCUUAUGGUUAAAAUCUCGCCAUGUUAUCCUCUUAAGUAUGUUUUAUUGUAAAUUAUCAUCACAUGUAAACAAUUUCGCCAUCUCUCUUCCUCUGUUUGUCUGUUGAGUGUUGCCUUCUCAAUUUCGCUUCUUGUCUCAUCCAUCCCCCUCCACCUUCCUUUUACGUCACCGAAUCCUUGCUCAGUUACCCCCAUUGAAGUCUGAAAAACAAUCCAAAAGAUCAAGGGAUGCUGAGCUCAUAGGUGUGAACAACCUGCUGUAAAAACCUCCACACUGUAAAAGAUGAUUCCAAAGCCACUGCGCACACUUGUAACUGGCACUGCCAUCAUCUUGGGCGGCGUACUUGCUCUCAACAUCACCUCCUCUAUUGCUGUUAAUGCACUUCGUUUUGCCACUGAUCUCAAACUGAGAAGAGUUGCGUUGCCUUGUGGGGCUUGUAGAGGAAAGGGGUUUUACAUAUGCAAGCUGUGCAAAGGGAAUGCUAGCAUACACUGGUCACCUUUGUACGACCCUGUUGCUAUCAAUCCUUGCCUUUGCCCUACUUGUGAUGGUAACAGAGUACAGCGCUGUCUAAACUGCCUUGGGAAGGGCUACAAUUGAUUUGUAAGAUGUUAAAUACUGUUUGUACUUAUAUUUGAAUGUCUCAUUUCGCAAGCUUCUAGCCCCAACUGCAUUAGAGGGUAUACAUCUCUAUUUUCUAACCAAAUGUUGCCAUUUGUUUUAUGCUUCUAGAAUUGUUUGUGCCAGUUAAGAAAUAUAGGCAGACUAAUAGCACUGGCAUAGCCAUCGAUAAGGAAAAUGACUGCUAUCAGUAUUGGGGAUUACACCACUUUAUAGUCGGGCCUUAUCCAUGCUGGUUAUGGUUCCUUAAGUAGUUUAAACUGAUAUAUUGAUAUUAUCUAAAACAAUGAUAUGGUGUUCCUGAAACAGGAUCAAGUUGCUGAAUUUUAAUUCCAAUGUAACAAGACUCGGUUCUCAUACAGUUUUUUCAUUCAAAAAGAAGAAUUCAUUAUUUGGCUUCCGCUUUCACAUGAUGCUGCAUUAAACGACUUGAACAAGUUUCUUUGUAUUAUUGAAUUAACUGAGUUUUGAGAAGGCAUCAACAAAAGCUGCUGAAAACGGGGUAAAUCUCGGUGUAAGUAGACUGGUAUUUGUUGUUGGGUUACUGCUUAGCGCAGUCCGCCUUGUAUUUACCAUGAUUGCUGUUGCUGACCCUGGGAAUCUGUCUAAGUUGUUACUCUCUCGUGUACUUCUCUGUACUUUUUAUCUCCAAGUCUGUUCAUGCAUUGUUGGUGUUUAUUCUGAA